GAUAAACGUCUGGUCUGGAGCAUGUAGAAACAGAUCGCUCUUUCAAGUUGAACCAGGCAGCCUCUGUGUACCUUUGCUCCUCAGUGGUGUUUACCUCCUCCCAAGCCUCUGCGUUCUGCCACGUCAAAAUGACAGUCUGGGUGCUUGGCUCACUCCUUUGGGAACCUCAUUCUCCUUUGGCUCUGAAACAUUUGAAACAGCUGUCUCAAACUUCCUUAUAAUUUAUAAUUCAGCUUUUUGUAUCAGGUGUUUUGCCCAAGUUUCAGUCUUAAGUUGGAAUCUACCAUCUACGUCUUCAGAUUUGCGGGGGCAGUCUGACAGAACCAUGCUUCUCAUAGUUUUGGACGCGCUCAAAGACAAUCUUAAGUGUGGUUGUCAGCUUUUUAUUUCUACCAGUGAAGGACAAAGGAGACCUUUGGAAACACGGAGAUAUGGCUGCCGGCACUAACAAGAGAGUCCAAGGAGGAUAAAAAUGAUGACAGAGUUUUCAUGUGAUGACACCGACAAGGGGCCACUGGUGCAGAUGCAUUGCCUCAGAGGGUUUGAACGGCAUCUAAAUGACCUGAAAAAGGAGAACUUCAGCCUGAAGCUUCGGAUCUACUUCCUGGAGGAGAAGAUAGAGCAGACGUUUGAGCAGAGCAGCGAUGACAUGCACAAGAAGAACAUCCAGUUGAAGGUAGAAGUUGAAAGCUUGAAAAAUGAGCUCAGUGAAAAAAAGAAGUUUCUGGACACGGUACCAAUUGCCACAGAGAAUCUGUCACCUGAAGAGAAGUUUACAAGCCAUUCGCCUAAAUGUCAAAAGGACAUCAGCCCAAUGCAGGAAAUUCUUCAAACCAAAGUGGAGCUGUUACCAGAGGAGGCCCAACCGGCAAGAGACAAGGCUGAUCAUAUGGCUUUGCUCGCAUACUCUGAGACCAAACACUGCCAGGCUCAGGAGAGUUUAUAUGAUGACAAAGACAGGUUGAUUGAUGGUCUGGUGCAGAAGAACCAAUCGCUCAGCCUGCAGGUUGAACAGCUUGAGGUCAAAGUUCAAGACCUUUUUGCUUCCCUCCUAAAGAAAGAAGAACAAAUUGAGGAUUACUUGGAGCUCUUGGAAGUCAUGAAGGAGAAGAGAGAUCCAUUGUUCCAAAAAUUGCGGCAGCGCCUGAAGGAGAGAGACAAAGCCCUUGAGCGAGCUGUAGAUGACAAGUUCCACUGUAUCGAGGAGAAAAUGGCAGAGAUGCGUCAGCUGCACAAACUUCUCCGAGAGAAGGAGAGCGAACUCGAGAGACAGCGUUGUGUCCUGGCAAAUAACGAAGGGACGAUCAAAAGUCUGGAGUUGCUUCUCUGUGAUAGUUCUCUGGAGCUGGAGCAGAUGCGUGAUGCCUGUGGGAGCAUCCAACAGCAACAGCAAGAGAGUCAACAGAGACAGAAAGAGAAAGAUGCAAUCCUCAACCAGCUGCAGGUGGCAUUGCAGGCCCGAACACAAGAAGUCCAGGAUUUGCGUUCCUCCUUAUUAACGCAAUUACAUUCUGGACCAAGCGAAGUUCUGGAGGAGUUGAACGCCCAACUGCAGCUCAAAGACCAUCUCGUCCAACAGAUGCUGGCUGACCAGACACAACAGGCCCAGCAACAUCAGGAGCAGGUAAAGGAUUUGUUCAGAACCAUCAGUACAAGGGAACACUAUUUCCAGCAUUCAGCAAACCAAUUUGGUAAGUUCAUGGCUGAGCAGACAGCAAGGCUCCAGGACAUCGGCAAACAGCUCAUCUCAGAUUUUGGAUCGAGAUUACGAUCUAAUAUUGCUAUGGAGAUUGAGAUGGGAGAGAGGGAGAUGCGAGAAAAAGAGAAUCAGGAGCCGAGGAGCAGACAUGCAAGCAGACUUGACUCGCCCACAAGGAUCUUCCAUGUUAAUUCAGAUAUCAUCAAGGACCUCCAAAAGGAAAUUGUAGAUCCUCCUUCUGACCUCCCACUUGUGGAAAAUCUUUCUGAGGAGACUCAAGUGCAGAGGGAAAGCCCCAGCAGCAGACAGCUCGAGUUUGGAGUACAACUCAGUUCAAAGGGUAAAGGUGAUGCUGAUGAGGAUCCAAAUACUAAGGGCUGUGGGAGUCUUCAUAAAGAGAAGUCUAAACUAAUGUUUCAGCCGCUGGUCAACACCAAGGCUUCUCAGGGUCGACUCAAAGUUGCACUCCACAACAACUGGAGUGCCACACAAAGCCUGACAGAGGUCAAACAACUGGUGGAGCAGAAACGAGUGAUGGAAAAAGAGCUGGGAGAGUUAAAGGAUCAUUUGAACAAGAUGGGCUUCUCUUCACUGUCACAGAUCAGGAAAGCCUUGGUGACCCUUUAUGUUGAAAAUAAAGAUUUAAACCAUCCACCAACUGAGAUGUGGCAGCAUGACAGUAGACAGAAUGAUGAGGGGAGACUGUUGGAUGACAAGGACGAAGAGGAGAUAGAUGUCACCAUGGAAGAAGGAGAGGACGGCUUUGAGUUUUGGGACGCUUGGGAUGAACAACACUCUCUGUAUGAGGGUAAACAUUCAACCAUUAAAUUCCAAACCGAUGAUGAAGAAAAGAUGACAGAAGUCAAUAGGUCUGAUGGCCUUUAUCAAGUCACCAACUCAUCAAAGGAUGGAGAUCGAGAUUUGUCAGGCAAUCAACAACAGUCUACAUCUGUGUCCUCAGUGAUUGUUGAUAAAACUGUUUGUCUGCGGGCACAGUGCAAAGAGCUGAAUGAGAAACUGACAGUGUCUGACACUAGAGUGAAAGCUCAGCCUGAGAAACUGAAAGAACACAGAGAGAUGCUCACAGAAACCACUGUGCAGCAGGACAAUAAGCAAAUCCAGGUAGACCUACAGGACAUGGGCUAUGAGACAUGUGGACGGAGUGAGAAUGAAGCGGAAAGGGAAGAUACUAGCAGUCCAGAAUUUGAUGACCUGGAAAUGUGCACAUCUUUGGACUGCCCUUCUCAGUGGUGGCCUGCAUGCAGAAACAACACUACCUUCAAUAAAACCACGACCCACAGUUCUUGCUACAAAGACAAGGUCUCAUCUCUCCAGCGCCUGAUUGAGGAUCUUCGUGCCCAACUUUCACAUUCUCGAAGUGUUAUCCACAGUCUUCAGAGUUGCCUACAUUCUGUCUCCACCUCUGAUGAAAAUCGACCACAAAUGCCUCAGAAGGAUAGCUGGUCUUCCCAUGCUUCUCCCUCCGUCAGUAUGGGAGACGACGAUGAAGGUUGGCAGUCAUCUGAUGGUGGUCCCAUAGUCUCACUCCAUCACCCAAACAAGAGCCUCAAAGAGCUGAUGUCACACUUAGACACAAUCGAUGACCAGAUAAAGAAAAGAGGAAAGAAGUUUGCAGAUGAGGAUGGAAAUUCUUUAACCUGGCCAAGCAAAUUUCACACUUUAAUCCAGACUCAAGCAAGAGAGCUGUCUGUCCUCCGCCAGCACCUACGUGAAGGUCGUGGUGUGUGUCACAUUCUCAGCCAACACCUGGGGGAGACCACCAAGGCCUUUGAAGAACUGUUGAGAGCCAACGACGUUGACUAUUACAUGGGACAGAGCUUCAGGGACCAGCUGGCCCAGAGCAGCACACUUGCACAGAAAGUCAGCAAAAAGAUCAGCACAUACGAUUGGGAGGAUCCGGAUGAGAAGCCGCAUCCUCUGGCCAUAUGGCUGAGUAAGGAGCUGCAGCUGAGAGACAAGGUCAUUGAAUCUCUUCAUGCCCAACUAAACCAGCCCAUCCAUAAUCACCCACUUCAUCGCUCCAACACUCCCUGCAGCUGUCAUGCUCUCUCAGAUACCACUGAUGAGUUGGAUCAAAUCUUUUUUGUGUCUGAUGGGGAUGGAUCCACAGAAAAUAAUCCAGAGCUGUGCUUCGAUGCAGACACUCCAAGUGAUCCAACGCCUGUCAGUAUAGAUUUCCACUCUCAGAGUAGUACCAUUUCAGACAAUCUGUCCUUCUCGCCAGCUAGUCCAUCAUUUGACAAAAUGCAUUCUGGUGUAGGCACACCAAGCUUGCAAUUCUCGAGCUCAUCGCACCGAACUGAGGACACACAAAGUCAAACUGGUAUUUCGACUCCCAGCUCGAAUUCAGUUCAGGGUGUCCCAUUCUUUGCUCACCAGCAGCCAGUCUCCUCCAGCUUCAUCCCCAAUUCUUUCUCUAGUUAUCAGCCCCCUCUUUUCAGCAGUCAUUUGGAUGCCAUCUCAACCAUGAAAGAAAAGGCUGGGUCUUUGGAAAACAGUGUCUUGUGGCAGAUGAGCAAUCAACCUCAAAAUACUUUCAAUGAAGCUGACAUUUUAUCAGAAACUUCAGGAUAUCAUUUGAGUACAAACCACACAGCUUCAUAUCUGAUUAAGGAGCACCUACUUCAGAUCAGAAGUCUGGAGGAACAACUGGAGGACUCCAUUCAGACAAACGAUCGCCUCAGGCAGCAGCUGGAGGACAAACUGGCUCCUAUUGCUACUGAGAGAGGUGCGCCAACCAACAUAAGCCUUGACUCAGUUGAUAAGCUUUCCAAUGACGUUAGGAUUCAGGAUGAAGAGAACAGCAGUCCGCAAAGAAAACAUUUGGACACCAAUAAAGUGGUGGAGCAGAUGCAAGAGGUUGGACUCCUUGACCAAAAUCAACGGAAAGAGACGGAGUUAGAAGUAUUGAAAUGGAUGGAGCACAGCAGGAAUUUUCAAACUCAGGCUGAAGCUCUAAACAAGGAGAUCACAGAAUUAAAACAAGUAAGACUGAGGAACCAAGACACCAUCAACAGGCUGAAGCACGAAGUGAGCAUUCUUCAGCAACAAUUGUGUGAGAGUCGCAGUCUGGGUUGCUCUCUUCAGUGUGAACUGCUGGAGUACCACAGAGGCGCUAUCAAGGAAACACACGCAGGUCAAGUGAGUGACAAUGGACAUGAUGCUCUGACACUUGACUCCCGAGAACUCUACAGUCAGCUGGAAAAGAAGCUGAAUGGAGAGACAGACACAAAGGCACCAGCAAAAAGGAAUUCAUUCAGUGCCAAACCGAUACUGCAAGGCCGAUCCCCAGACGUUUCCUUUGUCCACCACAAUGCAGGCUCUUCGCUGGUGCGCAUUCAAGAUGUCAAGGCUCUGCAGCAGCAGAUCCUGGAGGGGAGCAAACUACUUUACAAAAUGGAGGCCACCCUCUAUUCUUGGAAUUCAUCACUUGAGUUGAACUAUCAGAAGCCUCCAGAUUCAGGUUCUGCCAAGGAACUGUUAAUCUACACCCAAACCCUGCACCAGAUCCUGAACAAUGCCAACUCUGUCGUCCAAACGUUAUGGAGAGCUGCUCUUCCCAACACAAAGGAAUCCAAACAGGAUGAGUCUCAGACAGAAGAGGUCCUAACUCUUCGCCAGAAGCUGUCAGAGCAACAGGAUGCGCUCAAGGAUGCCAUAGAGCGAGUGAGGACCUCCAACCAAACCAAAGACAGCAUGGAGCAAUUUAUAGUCAAUCAAUUAUCAAGAACACGAGAUGUCCUGAAGAAAGCAAAGAAAAACUUACAAGAGAAUGAAGUCAGGAUUUCAUCUCUUCAUCUUGCCUCUGUCGAUAAAUCCCCCCUCCUUCCUCUGAACUCUCUUCUCCCCAACUCUCACGCUCCUGACCCUGUAAAGCUCAAAAUGCCCCUUGAUGAUGCUGAGAAAAGCUACACGGCUUUGGCGUGCAGUUGCGAGUGGAGGAGAGGGAGCGGUUGGCAACGGAGCUGUCCCGAAACGGAUGGAGCCCUGCGAGAAUGAGAACAGGAGAGGCCACACAACUUCUUCCAAUGCAGGGAUUAAAUCCUUCUUCAAUACAAAGGAGUGAUUUUUUUUUGUUGUUGAUGUUUUUGACAAUACAAAUUAGGAUAAGGAAGAAAAAGUGUUUAACUUUGGACAGGAUGUGAUGAAAAGCGAGCAGGGUACCAACGAUCCACGAGUGAAGCCGAUAAGUAUGACGGCGACAGUUUUGUUUUUGUUUGUUUGUUUGGUUGGGUUUUGUUUUGCACCCCCCCAUGGAGCAUGUGUCACCAACAUCUGCCCAGGAUACUUCGGGGACUGGGUUAAUCAGGUCUGUGGACUCUGAUCCAGCGUGGUAUGUGGAAGCAUUAAUUGUUCUGUUAUUGCUUAUUUACUGUUUUCUCAGUUGUAUAUGUUGUUUUUGUUCUGAGUUUUGAAUCGGGCCAUUACUCUACCAAUUGUAAAUCAAUCUUUUUUUUUAUCAAAGGGUGAAUCAAUAUAAAGGUGAAAUAGAGCUAUGCAAAAAGAUGGACAAUCUUUUCUUUGUUAUAAAUAACGUUAAGGGCUUGGUUAGCCCCAUUAACAGAAAACAACUUUACUGAAGCAGUUAAAAAAGCUUAACUGUGCAACAGCAACAGUCCAGGAAACACAUUUCUUUUGUAAGGCGCAUGAGAAGCUCAGGAGAGAAUGCGUAGGCCAGCAAUAUAGCUCCUCUUAUCAAAGGAAUACACUUGAUGGGAUAUUUGGCAGAAUAGGGGGCAUUAUAUUUACUCUAUAUGCAUAAUAUUUAAUUUACAGUAUAUGCUCCAAAUGUGGACAACCCAAAUUCUUGAAGAAUAUUGCAUCAUUGAUAGCUGAUAAAGCAGCAGGGGAGAUUUGA